GUGGACUCGUUGCAGCUCCAUGCGCCCUUCGACCACAAGGAGCGGCAUCUUGCAGAGACCAGGUCAAAGUGCCUGGAGACCGGCCGACGAGAGGAGCAGCUGGCGAAGAGACUCCGGCAGUUCUUAAAUGUUCUCGUCGGGAUCAGCGUGGGCAUUGCGGCCGUGCUUGUGAGAUACGGCUGCGAACUUCUGGGCGGUCGGCGGCGGGAGGCUUUCCUCCAUCUCUUGGAAGGCAAGCGGUCCUGGGACUGGGAGUUCGCUGGAGCCGUGUCGGUGGCAAUGGGUACGACUGCAGGCUUCGCUUUGCUGGCGACAGUCUGCGUCCUGCUGGUGCCACAAAGUUCCGGCUCCGGGAUUCCAGGAGUCUUGGCCUUCUUGAAUGGCGUUGACCUGCAAAGCUCCCUGCGUGGCCCGGUCCUCGUGGCCAAAGCGCUGGGCACCGUCCUUUCCGUAGGUGGUGGGCUGGCAGUAGGGCCAGAGGGUCCGAUGGUUCACAUAGGUGCCAUUGUGGGCAUGCUGGUUUGUCGACGUAUGGUCGCACCCGCACUGCGCCGUUUCGGGCCGCUGUCCCGCCGCGUGGAGGAUGAACUCUCAAGACAACCCUUGCGCUACCAUGUACAGGCGGCCGUCAUGGGUGCCGGAGCGGGAAUCGCUGCGGCCUUCAACGCGCCGUUGGCAGGAACUGUUUUUGUCGUGGAGGAGGCAGCUUCCUUCUUUUCUAAGCGCUUGUUGCUCCACUCCUUCAUCUGCUGCGCAUUUGCGGUUUUGACGUCGAACGGGCUGUCCGAUUUGAUGGGCUUGCCCGGCGAGUCUAUAUACGAGCGGACUGCAGCCUGUCUACGAAAGUCGUCAUGGCAAUCCUGGGUCCGCUACAGCUGGAUGCCAGUCCACGUCGCCGUGGUUGGCGUGCUUUGUGGAUUGCUGGCGAUUCUCUUCAAUCGACUGGUCGUCAAGCUCAGCGUCCACUUCAUGCUUGAGGCACAGCGUUUGGGCCGUGGCCGGGCGCUGUUCCUGCGCCGGUUCCUCUUCUCCCUCGUUGUUGGAGCGUGCUGUGGGGCCUUCGCGAUCUGCUUACCGCACUCGCAACCUUGCACCGAGUCCAGCCUUCAGAAUGCUUUCCACGGCAGCAGCGGCUGCAUUUUGGAGGACUGGCUCCACCAGUUGGUUACUGGCUCCCGCACCGUGAAUUCCAGCAGCAUCAACCCAGAGGUGCGCGACGACAACCCGUUGAACCGCACCAUGAGUUAUGUGCCACAUCCAGGUCUCUUCGGCAUCCAAUAUGAUCCGCUGAAUUGUCCCGAUGCGAUUUGGCUGAAUCCGAACUGCAGUGUGAAGGGCAUUGAGCAGAUGGUUCACACAAGGCGGCCGAACGAAUACUGUUGCGGAUUUCGAACAGAAGUGGAGCUUCGAGCAGGAAAGUUUUUCAACUCUACUCGGCCAUGGGCUCCCUUGGAUAUGGGGCAGAACUGGCCUGCGGGCUCCUGUGACAGUUUGAAUUGGAACGAAGAGAACAAGAUCUUCAUGAACUACUACAGCCCUGGGGCGGCUCUGACGCUGGUGGCCCCGACGCAUGUGGUAAGAAAUCUAUUGGUGCGUGGUGCGCCCAUGGUGCUGCCCCUGUCCACCGUGCUGUUGUUCUUGGUUUUUUUCUUCGUCCUGGCAGCCUGCAGCGCCACCGCCUGGAUGCCCGGAGGUCUUCUCGUUCCGAUGAUGUGCAUCGGGGCGGCGGCGGGUCGACUCUACGGCAUGUGCUGGCACUGGAUGCUCGGAUUGACUACUGGAGCCGGAGUUUGGCCGCCUCCUGCCAUCCCGUGGAUCCCCGAGAUUCAGCAGCUCCUGGACUUUUGGCAUCCCAAGUCCGCAACCGUGGAUGUGGAGCCGGGCAUCCUGGCCUUCGCAGGUUGCGCAGCUUUCCUGAGCGGGAGUGGCUCCCUCGUGAUGUUUGUCCUGGUGCUGCUGCUGGAGGUGUCCCUAGAGCCCUUCAUGAUCCCGGUGAUCUUGAUCUCGGUCUUGGCAGCGCGAAGCACCACAUCGCUUCUGAAGUCACAUGGUCUCUACCACGAGCUCAUGAACGUCCAGUCCUUGCCUUUCCUUGCGGAAGCAGCCCACUGGCGACAAGGCCACUACACAGUGGAAGCCUUGCUUUGGGAAGAAGCGCGCACACAGCGGCAGGUUGCAAAUGCGCCAAGUGCCGGCGGCAGUGAACAGCUCCGGACCUUCACUCGUGAUGCCGACGACAAUCCGGAAGUGCGCGAGUUCCCGGAGAUCAUCUCAAUUUCGAGGACAGCCACAGAGAACGAGAUCACCGAAGUGGUUCAGCGACGCCUGCCUGGAGACGAGACAACUCUGGUGAACGGCUUUCCAGUGACCGGACCUGCUGGGCAGCUUUGCGGCCUCGUCACGCGAGAGGCGCUGAUGGGCCUGCUUGCGCAGAACCACCACAGCGCUUCGACAGAGAGCUCACAACGACCACGGUCAGGCAGCAGCAUCCGGGACUCUGCACUGCCCUUGGCGCUGCCUCCAGCUAACAUGGUCUUAGGCGUCGAGGAUGUUAUGGACUCCGCACCGUUUGUGCUUCAGGCAUCCACACCGAUCGUUCACGCGCACAUGCUGUUUGCGCGAUGUGGCCUCCGUCAUGUUGUGGUCGUCGAUAGCGGACACAGACCAAUUGGUGUCCUGACCCGCAAGAGCCUGAUGCCUUGGCGGACACCUUGGUUGGACGAGUCGAACUUGCACCACGACACCUUUCUCGAGCAAAGAGCUGCGCACUCGCCGACAGCUUCCGCCAUAGCCUCGCGCAACAAUUCGCCGCCCAACACCCCGCCGCUGAGUCGGCAAGGCUCCUGGCGCUUGUCCGGUGGACACGCUGGCAGCAACCCAACAAGGCUGGAACACCACCAAAGGAUCCGGGAUGAGAGUGCUCUCAGCCCCUUGGUGGAAUCGCUGCGCCUCACCAGCCUGGACGCUACACCAACGACAGGAGCUGAACCCGGCGAGGGCGAGGAGGGUGCCCACGAGUUCACAAUGGAGGGAGCCUGA